GGGAGGCGGUGCUGCCGCCAUAUUUGCCCGGAGAGCAGCGAGCUGGUAGCCGCUGAGCCCCCCAGACCCCAUCGGCUUCCAUCCGCCCCGUACGCUCCCCGACGCCGCUCCGCCUGCAGGACAUGGACGAUCGGGAGGACCUCGUCUAUCAGGCUAAGUUGGCCGAGCAGGCCGAGCGCUACGAUGAAAUGGUUGAAUCAAUGAAGAAAGUGGCUGGAAUGGAUGUGGAGUUGACAGUGGAAGAAAGAAACCUGCUUUCUGUUGCGUAUAAAAACGUGAUUGGAGCCAGAAGAGCUUCCUGGAGAAUAAUCAGCAGCAUUGAACAGAAAGAAGAAAACAAAGGAGGAGAAGAUAAAUUAAAAAUGAUUCGGGAAUAUCGGCAAAUGGUUGAGACUGAACUGAAGUUAAUCUGUUGUGACAUUCUGGAUGUACUGGACAAACACCUCAUUCCAGCAGCUAACACUGGCGAGUCCAAGGUUUUCUAUUACAAAAUGAAGGGGGACUACCAUAGGUAUCUGGCUGAGUUUGCCACAGGAAAUGACAGGAAGGAGGCUGCAGAGAACAGCUUGGUGGCUUACAAGGCUGCUAGUGAUAUUGCAAUGACAGAACUCCCACCAACACAUCCUAUCCGCCUAGGACUUGCCCUCAACUUCUCUGUAUUCUACUAUGAAAUUCUUAAUUCUCCUGAUCGUGCCUGCAGGUUGGCGAAAGCAGCUUUUGAUGAUGCUAUUGCAGAACUGGAUACGCUGAGUGAAGAAAGCUAUAAGGACUCUACACUUAUCAUGCAGUUGUUACGUGAUAACCUGACACUAUGGACUUCAGACAUGCAGGGUGAUGGUGAAGAACAGAAUAAAGAAGCGCUGCAGGAUGUGGAAGAUGAAAACCAGUGAGACACAAAGGCCAACAAGAGAACCCAUCUCUGACCACCCUUCCCCCUCCCCACAAAAACCCUCAGUGUCACUCUGAGAACCACCAAAUCUGACUUUUACAUUGGGUCUCAGAAUUUAGGUUCCUGCCCUGUUGGGUUUCUUUAUUUUUAUUUUUUUUUUACACAGUUUAAAAGUUCUUAAAGGCAAGAGUGAAUUUCUGUGGAUUUUACUGGUGCCAGCUUUUAGGUUCUUUAAGACACUAACAGGACUGCAUAAAGGCUUUUCAGCAUUACUGUGUUGUCUCCUGCCAGCUGUGGUGAUGGCCAUUAGAAGUGGAUGUGACACCUGGAGGCUGUUAGACUUGUAGGGGAGAGAUUCCUUAUCACGAGGUAGCAUGCAUGUGGUGGCAUUUUUCUUUUUUUAUAAUUGUUUAAACUGAAUUUUAUACCGAUGUUUAAACUUAAUUGGAUGUUUAGCUUGAAGUUACAGGUUGCAUUGGGAUGUAUAUUGUAGUGGGGUUACUGUAAUAAAAAAAAAAAAAAAAAAAAAA